AUGCGGCAGCUGUCGUGUAGGUUAGUCUGCCCGUUCUCUUGCUCUGUCUUCAGGCUGCCCGCGGCCGCGCCGCUGCUCUGCUGCUCCUUCUCGCCUUUCGCGCCGGCGCUGCCUCGGUCGCAAACCAGCGCGUGCUGCUCCUCCCCGGCGUCGAGAGUCGCCGGCGAUCUCCAGGCCCGGCUCGCACAGUCGCCGGAGAGCGGCAGCACGUCGGCGUGGGGUCACGUCGGCGACUGUCUCUGGGUCGCACGCGGGACCUGGGCUGGUCGCUGGACCUCCGCCUUCGCCAACGCGGUCGCGAUCGCCGCCAGCCAAGAGACGAACUCCGCGGCGGCCUCGGGGACGCAGGCGCGUCCGGCGCAGCGCCCUGUGGUGUGCUGGGGCCAGAGCCACGCAGGGGGCGGUGGCCUGGACUCCGACCCGCCCGGCCCGCAGACUGCUUCCGAAGACAGCGGUCUCGGCGGCGCAGCGCGGGAGUCGAAUCCAAGCCGACGGGGGGGGCCGCCUGCUCACUCUCGCGACGAGCAGGACCUUGCGCUUGCGCUCGACGCCGCGAACUCGAGGCAGCAGCACACGGCGCCGUCGGGCGGAUCUCAUGAGGAUGAGCUCGGGACGCAAGUCGCUUUCGUGGUCGUUCAUACGGCCCAGCCUGCGGCGUGUCUUGGGGCCUACCCCUCACGCGGCGCGGAGCCUGGAGGCCGAUUCGGCCUUCAGGCUCUUCCCCACGUCGAGCGAGAAUGCCCUGGGGCGAAGCUGGCGCCAGGCGCCUUCUCGCCUUCGAGCGGCGGCGUGCAAGUCCGGCUGAGGCCCUGCCUGCUUGAGGGCGUAGAGGUGGAUGGCGUGGCGCAGUGGCCAGAUGGGCGCAUGUGGGGCCUCCUGUUCGAUAGGGAAGAAUUCUGGUACCGUGGAAGCCAGAGCUGCGUUGGAAACUCGCGCGUAACGCGACAUCCCACAGACCGGGCCCCGGUUCUUCAGCUGUACGUACACCUGGUCACUCGCCUGGGCCGCUGUGGACUCGCGGUUGUCAAGAGGCAGGAAUCUGCACCGCUGACAGUCUUCGAGGCCGGCGGCGACUGA